AAGGAAGAAGGAAAAUUUGCUCAGCUCACGCCAUUGCCUUUCGCCGUGGAGGAUGAAAAGUUUCGGAAACUUUUCGUCUUCAUUAUAAGCUGCUUUCGGUCUAAAGAACCGACGCCGACAGGAAUUAUAUCUGGACUGGACAUAUUCUCCUCUUGUCUGUGUAUAUGUGAGAGGAUUUACCAGAAUAACGCACACUUUCAUCGACAUGUAAAGGAAACAGGGGAUUUUACAUGCUAGUCAUAUUUUAAACACUUCUCAGAGACACCGGACAACCAUGUCGGGGGGUAUCGGUAUAUAUGCGGUCAAGAAACGGAAGAAGCCCGUUCAGAAAAUACCCAAACCACCACCACCUGAUGGUGUGAAAUCCAACCCCUCCAAGCGGCACAGAGACCGGCUGAACAGCGAAUUGGACAAGCUGACCAACCUUCUACCCUUCUCAGAAGAUGUCCGUGCACGGCUGGACAAACUGUCGGUGCUUCGACUCAGUGUUGGAUACCUGAAGGUCAAGAGCUUCUUCAAUGCCACAGUUAAAAAGACAGGAGGAAAUGGAUGGAUAAACGACCGGUCAGGGACAUUUGGAGGAAACGGACAGUCAACAGCCAGUCUGGAUGGAGUCAGUUUCUCAGAAGGGGAACUGUUGUUGCAGGCCCUCAAUGGCUUUGUGCUGGUGGUCACCGGCGAAGGUUACGUGUUUUAUGCAUCUCCAACUAUACAGGACUACUUGGGCUUCCAUCAGUCGGAUGUGGUCCAUCAGAGUGUAUUCGAGCUCAUCCAUACAGACGAUCGGGCAAUGUUUCGAAGGCAACUACACUUCGCUCUCAAUCCCACUUCGUGCGAUGGUAGCGAAGGAUCUGAUGCCAUUCAAAGCAGCAGUGACAUCACAAGAGACAUGGUAAACUACAACCCUCAACACAUCCCUCCAGAAAACUCAUCCUUCUUGGAACGAAGUUUCUGUUGCCGAUUCCGGUGCCUCCUUGACAACUCAUCAGGCUUCCUGGCACUGAACUUCCAGGGGAGGCUGAAAUAUCUCCAUGGGCAAAACAAGUUGGCUGAAGAUGGGACCUUGGCCCACCCUCAACUGGCUCUUUUUGUCAUAGCCACACCCCUCCAGCCACCCUCUAUCCUGGAGAUCAGGAGCAAGACUCUUCUUUUCCAAACCAAACACAAGCUGGACUUUACUCCUAUGGGUGUUGACACAAGAGGAAAGAUGGUUCUUGGGUACACUGAGACUGAACUGUGUAUGAGAGGCUCCGGCUAUCAGUUCAUUCAUGCUGCUGACAUGAUGCACUGUGCUGACAACCAUAUCAGAAUGAUAAAAACUGGAGAAACUGGUUUAACUGUCCUCAGACUUCUCACGAAAGGGGGUACAUGGGUCUGGGUACAGUCCAAUGCUAGGCUUGUUUAUAAAGGAGGAAGACCAGACUUCAUUAUUGUUCGACAAAGAGCACUAACUAAUGAGGAGGGUGAGGAACACCUCCGUCAAAGGAAAUUGCAGCUACCCUUUAGCUGCACCACUGGUGAGGGUAUCUUGUAUGAGACUGGCCCCACACUGGACAUCGCUGACAUUCAAAAUCCAAGCAAAGACCAGAAGAUGCACCAACCUCCAUCUCUGAACCCAGAAUCUCUUCUCGGCUGCAUGCUGAAACAGGGUCAUUCUGUCUACAACCAGAACAAUGACCCCAAUUCCCAGUUUACCCUUGACAAGGCUUUCAGGGAUAGCCACGCCCUGCUCAGUGUCCCUGGGAACACCUGGCAACCGUCAGCCCCAAACACUGUGGCUGGGAUAAAGGAGGAAGGUGUGGUAAAGGACAUGAUGGAAACCUUGCAGCAGAUUAUUGGGGACAGCAGUAUUUGUGGCCUUCAGGGGUUUGACAUGAACGAAUCGGACCUGAAGGAGUGGGAGAACACUCUGCUCAGGAUGAACUACAACAAUGAUAUGGAACUUAAUGAGAUCAUCACCAAUGAUAUUCUCUCUUAUGUCGAGGAUGCACUUUUCAAGGAAAAUGGUGUUCAAUUGCCUGAACAGCUCAAGGACCAUGGUCCAUUUGUUGAGGUGCCUGAAUGUCUUCCUGAGAUGGAGUUACAGAAUAACUUUGCUGCUAACCAGGCAUUCAGUUGCCAGGCAGAGAUGCUUGGUGGAUCCCCAGGUCAGGGUGGAUUCAUUGCAAUGAACAUCCAAGACAGAGUGGAUGCCAGUAGCCCUGGAAGAGGCAUGGUGAAGCUCACACAUAUGGGGUCACAUAUUCUACCUGGUGACACUUUCCUCCAAUCAUACGGACUAGAACAGACAACCCAGAAGAUGCCCAGCAAUAAUAACAUUAUGUUUAAUCCUCCGCUUGCCAUGAAGAGUCAGCAGCCAGCCCAAGUCAGGCUUGGUCUGCAAGGUGCCAUGCAAGAGAACGGAAUGGGGCCAUGUGGCCAGAGAGACCUACAGACUGGAAACCAGCCUCAUCACAACGCAAUGACUCUCCCUCUUCAAAGUUCUCUAUUGCAGGGCACUUCCGCCCAGCCAAUGGGCUUCCACGGCCAGAAUUCCCUUCCUCAACAACCGUCAAUUAAUCAAAACCCUCAGUGGGUGUCUGACAGCAACAAUAUGGUGGAUAACCUGCUGAACUCUUGCACCCGUAACGUUUCGGGUGUACAAGAUGCAGGACUGCACUCUAGCCCAACUAACCAACUACAAGGACAGUUUUCUCUUCACACUCAAAACACUGCCAAUCCAGGACUGCCUAGCUGGCAGCAAUCACAGCCUCAGCAGGUCUCUAAAUCCUUUUCCAGUGGGCAACAGAAUAUGACGGGCUUCAUUGGCCAAGUUACAGAAUUCCAAAGAGAUAUGCUUGGAGAACUGAUGUCGCACACAAAUGCACAAGGAUUUGGGUCUGGUUUCCUGCCCCAGACAACUGCAAAUGGCAUCUAUCCUCAGCAAGGAGAGGUUAUCAACAUCAGCCCUCAUCAGACCACCAACAGCUGCAUGUUCACAGGCACUCCUCAACCGUCAGUGAACGGGAUGCAGUAUGGUUCUGCAGAUCCGAUAUCUUCAGUGUCAUCCUGCCAGAGGGCUAAAGGUCUGGUUACCCAGAGUCCUACACAAGCAUCCUGUUACUACCAAAGAGGUCCUAGUGAGUCAGUCGUCGGCACGUCGGUCAUCCCACAAGAAGACACGAACAUCAGCCCUAUGGCCUGUCGAGUCCCACUUGGCUUAACUUCAGAUGACAUACUUACUCAGCAGUAUCUCUCCUGCAAUGGCCCGACUCAGAUCGCAAACCGUCCACUUGAAGAGAAAGGAACGUUCCAUUUUCCGCCGCUGGCCAAUGGAACCACCUACUUUUCCGAGAACAACCAAAGCAAUUGCUGCGACUAUUAGAUCACACUCAAUACAACGGCUGACACAUCAACAGUGCUGUACCUUUUUCUAGGAAACAAAAUGCAUAAAUACAGCAACUUGUUUGUACCUCGACAGACACGCAUCUGCUUCUAAAGACACUCUUGGCUGAAAACCUGCAAGACAUUACAGAACUUUAAAAAGCGAUUUUACCACACAUUUUUUUCACACUUAUCUACUUAUUCACUUGUUCACACCCUCUCUAAUGAGAAGUAAGCAGUGGCACAAAGAAAAUAUUAAUUUUUUUAAGCGCGUCCUUUCAUCCCUGAAGGAUUUCCAUUUGUUUUGCCACUCUGGCAUGGAAAAAGAGUGAGAUAGCGAGUGUAAUAGCAAGGAGAGGUGUGUGAGCAAGUGUGUGUAUGUGUACGCGAGGUAGCCUAGAGUUCAUUUAUGAAGUACGCAGAAGCAAUGGUGGAACCUUUUAAUUGCAGGGAUGAGAUUCUGAGGAAAUUCAAGGUGCACACAAGAUGCUAUUUAUUGGGGUAAGUUUCGACGUAAAAAGGGAAAGUCUGUCUCAGAGAAGGCGGCAGCCUCAGCCAGACCCUUUUAUCUGUAGACCUUUAACCUUAGUUUUAUCAAUGUAUCCCACUUUCUCGAAAGAAAUUAAUACUCUACUGAUGGCCUCUGUGGCACCAUUGGACUGUCAGAGCAAAUCGUUGAAUUUCUUGACUGCAAAAUUUUCCCAGAAUAUCCCUGAAUCUCCACCCACUGCAAGUUGGGAAAAAUGAAUAGUCCCAGGCCAUUUUUCUUCUCAACAACACUUUUAAGAGUAAAAACCGUCUGCUCUUGCCACCCUUUUAUGGUUGCGUUAACCAUAUGUUUCAUGUGUAUUACAACAAUAUCUGAAUGUUAUCACCAUAUUCUGUUUUGUUUAUUCUGUUAUAUUCUGUUUGUUUAAAAAUUGUCUUUUGUACUUUUUUAUGCAUAUAAUCGAAAUUAUGGAAAUGCCAUUGAGCCAUAUUUGUCCACUUUUAAUUUGCUGAUUUCCCUCUUGCUUUCUGUUUGCGUUACUGCUUAUACGGAAGAAUUAUAGGAAUUAUUCAAUCGCGUUGCAUGCCAUGAGAAUCACAGCAGCCAGCAUAUCCCGCCUCCAGAAGAAAGGUAAAAUCGAAUGUCUUCUAAAGACAGAACAGACUAGUCAUCAAGAAAGAUCCCAAACAAAAGUAAAUGUUUGUCUAGAGAACAUUUGAUUGUUUUGGGGUUUUUUAAUGGCCACAGUGAAAGUCUUUAUUCUUCUGUAGUGUCCUUCUUGGUCAAUCAGGAAAUACAGCAGCAGCCAAAAAGUUUAGAAUAAGCGAAGUGUAAAGAAUGUGUUCAAAAUUAGUUUUGCGUACAUUUUUCGCAUUAAAUUGAAUCCGGUUUCGUGAAUGAGGCAAAAGUUUGUAGGCCCCUUUGUGCCUUAUUUUGAAAGAAUAUAAAGCCAUUUGAUUCGAUUGUAUCAGCACUUUGAAUGUGUAUGUAUACCAAAACAUAUUUGUAUGAGAUGCUGUAGCUAUAGAAAUAUGACUGAUUGGUUUUAUUGUGCAAAGUGAACUCUUUGAAAAGGCCUUAAUAGCCUUACGUUUGUUCAUGUUUUUGACCGCUGUUGCUUCUGAGAUUUAUUCUUUCUCCCUGCAGUAAGAACAGAGAGUAUGGUGUGAUAAUAACAGCGAAUAUAUAUACAACCCUCAAACUCAUGCACCCAAAGCCUUUUCCUUUCAUCAUCUGAAAUGGGAACACUGUGUGCCUUAAUUUCUUUCUGCCCAAAGGAUAUUCCACUUAUUUCCCUCCCGUCUUCACCCUCUUUGGACGAAAUGAUCGUGGCUUGCAGAGGAGGAAAGGAAUUGAAAUGGCAGCUAUAAUUGAAUCUGAGAAGCAAUGUUUUUAACAACUGGUUGUUGUUUGCAUGGACGGAAUCGAUUAUGCUAGUUUGCUAAGUGUUGUACAUAGCCUCACAGUUCAAGAGUUACAGGACAUUUUUUGCCCGUCUUCUUAAGUGCCUUCAAACAGCUUUCGUUUUCUGAGAUUAGCGACUUUUUUCCCCUUUGAUUUCGUGUGAACUGAAAGUUAAAGGAGUUGUAAUGUAAAUAAGAGCGUUCUGUAUUUUAUUGCCAGAUGUCUUCUGGCUAAGAGAGGAGGUCAGUAAUCGCUAGAAGAUUUGUUUGAUUGAUGGUUGGUUAAUGGAUGAUCAGUUGGCUGAUUGAUCCGUUUAUCACUUGACAGAUUUAUUACGCACAAAUAAUAGCGAUGGAUUUGGUUUGCGCUGAUGUUCGUUUUCAUGCUUUAAAAUCUAUUACGCCAUGUCCUAACCAGGCUAUGAAACCUCUUCACGCGCUGGGUAGCUCCGUCCACAGUGCUGUAUAUUAAAUCAGUGGUUCUCAAAUGGCUUUGCUUCAGGACUCGAGAAUUGUACAAAAGCCAUUAGCUGGCAUUUUACGUAUCUUAUAUACUCUCAGUUAAAGUUUUUAACACUUUUUUGUGAAAUUAAAAAUGACGCACAAUUAAAAAAAUAUAUAAAAAUCUGUUUUCUUUCCUCUGCUUUGCUUAUUUAAAUGUCCAUAAUUUAGUAAAAUAUUAUAAUAAUGUUAAUUUAAUAUUAAAUAAAAAAUGAAAUAACUAAACUAAUAUUAAUUUCUGCAGCCAGUAAGUUUGUUUAAAACACGUUGUGGUGUCUAGGUCAUAUUUUUUUUCCAAUCAAAACAGACCUGUGACCCGAUUUUUGGACUGUGACCUACCAGUUGAGAACCACUGUAUUAAAUAUAAUAGCUUUAACUGAAAUGUAAUUUUCAGUGAUAAAAGACAAAUUACUUGUUGCGUAAAUCCUGUAUAUCUAGUUAGGAGAAUGUUUAGGAUAGUUUCAUGACUUCAGUAAGGUGCCUAAAUAUUAGUUAUUUCUGACUAGACAAGGUUUAGUGGUCCAGAAAAUGAUCUUUCAUUUCCUGUGCCUUCAAGUGCCAUUGACUAAAACAGGUUAGUAGUGGAUUAAGCACCAGUAAAUGACAAAUUUACCUCACUAACAGCAUUGAAAUCCCUCAGUGCCAAAAAAUCAUUCAUACACGCACUUCUUAGGACGUCCUCCCCUUCACCACUAAACUACGAAUCCCUUAGGAAGAAAUAACAGCACUUAACACUUCAGAUGCCUGCUUCUUGCAUAACAGCAUGUUUGUGAGGCCUCUCUAAAUGCAGUAUCUUUGUUUAUUUGUUGUAUCAUUGUACGUUUGUUUCUUUGCUUGUGCACCCAGCAUUGUAAAUGCUUAUAUGUGUACCCUAUAUCUUAUUGUGUACAUUGUUCUACACAACUGUAAAAUCUGUAUGCGUAAAUGGAUGUCUCACAAAUGCAGGCUAUACACACACACGCAUCUACAUUAUAUAUAUAUGUGUAUCUAUAUAUAAAAUAUAGCUCUUGUUUGUUUUGUAUUUGUAUUAUCAAAUGAUUCAUUUUUGUUGUGCCCCUCAUUGAUAUCUUUAUAACAUUAAAACGGGGUCAAAGUCUCAA